UUCAGAGUAGUUUAUAUGAAAAUUAUAAUUUAAAUUUGGUGGCAAAAAACAAACAUAUAUUAGAAAAUUUAGUGAAUUUAUGAUAUAAAUAAAUAAAAGAACUUAUUUAAUUCAUUAAACUAAAAAAAUGUAAUGUUAAGUUUUAAAAACAUUAAUUUUUAAGUUAUAAGUUUUGUGACUAUCUUCAGUAUCAUUCAAAGAGAUGAAUACGAGGGUUUAUAAACAUUUUAAUUUAAUUUAAAACAAUGGGGGACAUUUCUCAAGAAAUAUCAAAAUUAGAAUUAAAAGAAAACUUAUUUUCUGAAAUAAAGUUUUUUGUCAGUGGAGAAAUUGAUGAAAAGAUUAUUGAAUUAUUGAAGGCUGGGGGUGCAGAACGGCUAAAUUAUUUCUCUGAUUAUAUCACACAUUUGAUUGUAGGAGAAAAUCCAGAAGAAAAUGAUAUUGUGGAUGCAAAUGAUUUGUAUGAAAUACCAGCUUUGACUCCAAAAUGGGUUUUAAUGUGUGUAUCCCUUCACAAGCUUGUCAGCAUAAGGCCCUAUUUGUUUGCUGCAAAUGGCAAGCUAUUCUCAGACUUUACAUUUUGUCUUUCACAAAUUCGAGAAGACAGAAAUUUCCUAUGGUCUUUGAUUACCUACCAUGGUGGGAAAGUUCAAUUAAAUUUUAAUAAAAACUGUCAGUUUCUUAUAGCUAUUGAAGCGAAGGGACUUAAAGUUGAAAAGGCUGAAGAGUUAGGACCUAAUUUAGUAAAAAUCGUUACUCCAGACUGGGUAGUAGAAGCUGUCAAGAACAAUUCAUUUCCGGAUACUUCGUUGUUUCAUCCCAAAUUGAUCAACUGGCCUAAGCCAAUUGAAUAUGCAAGCACUGCUGCUAUUACAGGAUUUGAGCCGGAGCAGCCUUUAGAGGAGGAGAAAAAUGAAGAAAAUAUCAUUCCAGAUUCUACACAAGCUUUGCUGGACAAACUCAAACAAAGAAUGCCAUGGAAUCAACCCAAAGUACCAACCUCAAGUCCAAUGACUUCAAGUUCAGAUCCCAUAGCUCCUCCCAAUGUGGUUGCACCAAGUUUCAUGCAAAAAACGCAACAGAUACAACAACAAAAUCAGUCUCAAAAGAUGCAGCCACCAGUUAUACCAACUUCCCAACAACAACCUCAACUACAGCAGCAACAAACCCAAAAUACACCCCAAUCUCCUGUUACUUCCAAUUUCCCUCAAAUUCCACAAUCACCAACUUCUCUGAGCAGUCAAGUUCCAAAGAGUAUAAUACAUCAUACACCUAAUCAACAACAGCAAAGUUUUCAGCAGCCACAACAGCAAAUAUCACAGCAAGCUCAGCUCCAACAGCAGCAGCAGCAACAGCAAUCACAACAUCCCUUAAACAUUAAUAGAUUGAUUGGACAACCCCAAGCAAGAGCUAACCUACAGUUAAGAGGUCCGUUGGGACAAAACCAGUUGCAUCAGCAGCUAUUACAGCAGCAGCAACAACAGCAGCAGCAGAAUCAAGGUAUUCAGCAGCGAGGAAGUGCUCCCCAGGUUUCAACACCACAACAUAUCCUCCAGCACCAACUAGCUCAAAGACAGUUAGCACAGAGACAAUUGUUGCAGAAUCAGCUAAACCAAAAUCAGUUGUUACAGCAACAAAUAAAUACCAGCCAACAACAAAUUAUCCAAAACCAACAACAAAUAACAACUUCUCAGCACAUAAGUCAGUUGACAUCCCAGCAGCUUGCACAGUUACAGCAACAGCAACUACAACUCAAACAGAACAAGCAGAUGCAAAUGACUCAAAAUCAACAAUUGAUAAAUCAGAAUCUUCAGCAACUUAACCAGUUGACUCAAGGACAACAGCCAUUGCAGAUAAAUCCAAAUCAACAGAUUCAGCUCAAUCAGAAUCAGCAACAAAUUCAAUUAAACCAAAGUCCUCAGCAAAUUCAGUUAAACCAAAGCCCACAACAAAUCCAAUUGAACCAAAGCCCACAGCAAAUUCAGUUGAACCAAAGUCCCCAACAAAUCCAAUUGAACCAAAGCCCACAGCAAAUUCAAUUGAACCAAAGCCCACAGCAAAUUCAAUUGAACCCAAAUCAACAGCAGAUUCAGCUCAAUCAAAAUCAAAUUCAGUUAAAUCAAAAUCAACAAUUACAACUUCAGAAUCAGAAUCAACAACAGAUACAAUUGAAUCAAAAUCAACAGCAGAUACAAUUAAAUCAAAAUCAACAGCAGAUUCAAUUAAAUCAGAAUCAACAAAUACAGUUGCCUCAACUUCAGUUGGGCCAAAGUCAACAGAUUCAGUUGAAUCCAAAUCAGCAAAUUCAAAUUAAUCAGAACCAGCCUCAGUUGCAGCUUACUCAAAAUCUACAACAAAUCACAGUUAACCAGGGCCAGCAAGUUCAGAACCAACAAAUUUUGCAAAAUCAAGUAAUUCAACCCCAACAAAAUCAGAUUAUUCAACAACAGAAUCCUCAAAUCCAACUGAGUCAGGCACAGAACUUUGUGCAACAGAGUGUCAAUCAGCAUAUGAUUUCUCAGCAAAAUCAACAAAUUUUGCAACAAAAACAAUUCUUAUUGAAUCCACAUCAAGCUGUAACAAGCCAGCAACAGUUUGUUACAACCACUUUCAACCAGAACCAAGACUUAAACCAACAAACAAUUAAUCAGCAGCCAACUCUUAACAUUCAGUCUCUGAAUCAACAGUUAAGCACACACAAUUUGGGACAACAACUGAAUCAACAACAGUUGACACAACAAUUGACACAGCAAACUUCCAUUGGCCAACAGAUAAAUACACAAAACCAACCCAAUCAAUUAGUGCAACAAAUUAAUCAGCAGGAUCAAUUAGAACAAAGAAUAUCUCAACAAAAUCAGCUCAAUCAAUUAACACAAAAUAGACUUGGACAACAAAGUCAACUAAACCAACAAAUCAAUCAACAAUCUCCACAAAACCAAAUCUCUCAACAAAACCAAAUGGCACAGCAACAGUUAAAUCAACAGAAUCAGUUGGCACAGCAACAAAUUGGGCAACCAAGUACAUUAAACCAGACAACUUUAGAGCAAGAAUUGGGCAAUUUAAAUCAGCAAUUGAAUCAGAGCUUGAAUCAUCAAAUUCAGCAACAACAACAGCAACAGCUAAACAGGCAAACUCUUCAGCAGCAGCAGAUUGGUCAGCAACAGGGUCUAGGACAACAAAACGUACAACAGCCAAAUAUGCAGCAGCAGUUAAAUCAGAAUAUCCAGAUAAACCAGCAAGUGAAUCCUGGCAUGCAGCAAGUUGUCAGAACACAGUUCCAACAACAGCCAAAUAUUGCCCAACAGAUCCUUAUUAACCAAUCUGCUCCUCAGACCCCGACUCCUCAACGUCAACACAUUUGGACUCAACAGCCAACUCAGAUAGCUGGACAACAGAUAAUACGACAUCCUGUUAAUGUUAUUCAGCAGCCUGGCGGUCCUAGAGUCCAAUGGUCUCCAACUGCUCAACAAGGAAACGCUGUCCCACAAAGACAAUUCAUUCAGCUGGACGCUAGAACACAUCAAGAGCUACAAAAGAUGCCACCAGAGCAACAAGCCAUUUUUGUUGCUAAAAUACAAAGACACAGACAGUUUCUUAAGCAGGUGCAACAAAGGGGCAGUCAUAUUUUGAUAAGAGGCAACGUUCCACCGGGCUUGACAACACAACAACAAGUUCAGUGGUUGCAGCAACAAGCCAAACAACAAGGAAUAGUUUUACCGCCAAACAUACAACAAAAUAUAACCCCAGGAACACUAACCCAACCUACUUUGGCUCAAAAUAUGCAGCAUGCACCUGGACUGAGUCCUAUCAAUCAAAACAACACUCAAUUCACUGACCAGAAUCAGCAACAGCAGAUUCAGCUGAGACAGUUCCGGCUUCAACAGCUGCAACUGCAGAGGGAACAGGCACAGAAAAACCAUUUGGCUCAACAAGGUGCAAUUACUCCGGCUGCAGUAAUUCGUCCAAUCGGCCAACCUCAGUUGGCAGAUUCGACCACCAAUUUACCCCAUGUUCAAGAAGCCAAUAUUCAAAGCCCCUUGGUCGUCAAUGCGAAGACUAAAACUGCCCUAGCUAAUAUGUUAAGCAUAAAGCUACAGAGCGGAGGCUCCUCAGUUGGUGUUCAGAGACCGGAAGCCAUCCAAGAACCGUCUGCUGCUGGAACUUUAAGGUUGAUGACAGCACAACAUAAUGCUGCACUGAAUUCGAAACCGCAGGAAAUUAUAGCUCUACAAAGGAGGACCAUCAACGGCCCAAGUGGUGAAAUUAUAAAGCCACCUGGUGCUCAACCACAUCCUCCUACACCUACGACUGAACCGCCAAAGCUACAGUAUGGUACAAAGACUACACAACCUGUACAACAUCGACCAGGGCCAUUCUAUGGACAUAAUCCAAACCUUAAAUUGCCUCCUGAUUUAUUUUUAUUGGGAUGUGUAUUUGUUGUGGUAGAAUUGGAAGAUUUUCUUGAAGAAAAAAUACCCGGAUGGCAGCAAAAGAUUGCAAAACACGGUGGUGAGGUAGAAAAGCAAUACUGCAGCAGAGUGACACACGUUCUCUGUGAGACCCAGCGUCACGGUGUAGUAAUGCAAGCAUUAAGAGAUUGUAAAAGAUGCGUUACUAUACUUUGGUUAAGCGAUGUGAUGCAAAGAAAACAAGUAUUACCACCUUGGACUGCUCUACAUCUUCCAAAUAUUUACUUAGACACUACACCGGCAGCAAAACACUUGAUUUCUAUCAGCGGAUUCGAAGGGAACGAUAGAGCAAGAGUCAAGCAAAUGGUUAAAUAUACAGGAGCAAAGUGCACGACCUAUUUCUCGAAACACAACACAUUGCUGAUAUCUGCCAAAGCCGAUGGUAAAAAAUGUUCCUAUGCAAAGAAGUGGCAAAUUCCAGUAGUUAAUCUACAGUGGUUAACCGAUAUCAUGCUGGGACACUUUACAGCACUUAAUCAACUGGAGCACCAAAUCUAUCAACAGUUUCCUAAUCCACCAAAUUUUAGUUUCGAUCCAAAACUGGUACCUAAUUUAAUGGUGGCAUGGAAGGCUCCGAUUAACAUUUCCCAAGAAUCGUAUGAACGUGUAAAAAGAAGUGCCUCCCCCACGGUUACACCUAAGAAACCAAAGAAACCUAAGAUUGAACCAACAGACGAAAACGAUAAUAUUAGCGAUGAAAUAAUGGCCAAUUGCUCAUAUAAAAUCCUCUUUUCGUUAGUGGGCGAUCUUAACAAAAUGAAACAAAUGGUCAAAGAAUUAGGUGGAUGUGUAGCCAAAGACCACCACGACUUCACACACUUAGUAAUGCCGCAACUUGCCCGUACUAACAAACUCUUCUUCGCCAUCUCUAAGGAAGCGCAUGUGGUGUCGGAACAUUGGGUGAGGGAAUCCCACGAAACGAAUCAAUUUCUACCAGAAAACAAGUACGCUCUCCAUUCCAAAGACUUUAACUUCGAAUACAAAUGUGAUAUAGACCAAACGCUUCUAACCCGUAAUAGGAACAAGUUGUUCGAAGGAAAGUUCUUCUUUGUAACCCCAAGUGUGUUUCCAAGUAGGAAACUUGUUGUGGAGCUUAUACAGAAUUGUGGAGGAAUCGUGGAGAAACAUAGACGCAGUUCUUCGCAAGUCGAAGCCACUACACUCAACUCUCCUUAUAGUUACUUUAUCAUAACACACGAAGAUGACCUUCAUCUCGUUGCAGACUUGCUGCGAAAUAAAAAGGAUAAACUGAAAGUAGUUUGUAAUGUAGAACUAAUUUUUAGCGCUAUCUUGAAACAAACGUUUGAAGUUGAACCUUACGCCGUAUGUGUAUUAUGAUUUUCUGAUGAUUCUAGUAAUGAGGACGAUUUGGAUUACUGAAUAUGCCAAUAUUGUCUAUAUUUUUAUUGCGUACAUGUAUUAGUGGAUGAAAUUGGGCCAAUUUUUUAAAAUAUUUUGACACGUUAAGUACUAAUACCUAAGCAUUAUUCCAAAACUAAAGAGAUUAUAUUUAUUUGAAUUAUAUUUCCUGGCUACUUGGUUGUGGUUGGUUGAAACACGACCAGUUUUACUCAAGAGAAAUUCGAGUAGCGAAAACUCAAUUGUCAUUUGUAAUUGAAGAGUACAGGGGAAAAACAAGGAAUGUCACAUUUUAUACAUAUUGAGAUAAACAUCAAUAAAGGUUUAAUUCUUAUGAUAUCUAAAAACUACUUAGAAGAUUCUUAGCAGAAUUCUAACAAUUCUUAUUAUAUAAUCCUAAUACAAUAUUAAUCUAUAUUAACUUAUUAAUUUAAUAAUGCACAAAAAACUGCUAAGAUUACAUAUUUUUGUUCAGUGGCGUGCGGACAAUUCUGGUCCUUCGCCUGAAGUAUUUAUUGCAAAAAUACUUUACAGUUUGAUUUAGGGUAUUCCCAUUAUAAAAAUAUAUUUAUUAAUAACAAUAACGAAGUUAGAAGAACUGACUAAGAGAUAGUGCUUCUAUCGAUAUUUCUCAAACUAGAGUACGUUACAGCUAUGACAAAGAAAGUAAAUAUUGUUGCCAAUUAGGAAACAGUGUUUGACACGUUUCAACUUAAUCAUGUCGAGUUUGAAACGUUUCAGUUAUUCUAUAGGAUGAGAUCCUUUAUUAUUAGAUUUAAGCCACACAGCUCUCACUACUGUAAUAGAAAAAUCCACCCAUCCCAGAUACCUACGGUAUCAAAAAAAAUUGGUGGGAUUCUUUCCCUUUCUUUUCUACAUAUGGGCUUAUGAGAUGUUCAUCAACCUAACUAGGGAACUUGCACAUUUUUUUUAUUACAUAAUAAUGUUCAGUUUUGUAUUAAAAAUGAGAUUUCCAAAAUUUCACGCUUCAAAAACUCAUAAUAACGUAGAAGUACAAAUUUAAAGUCUUCUGUAUUUUAAAAUAGUUCAAACGACCCGUGACGUCACAUAGUUUAACUAUAUAGUUCCUUUUAUGGUUAUAUUUCUUAGAAUAUAAAAUAACCAGGAAGGAGUACAUGCAAAAUGACCUUGAGUCGGGAAGGAGGUCGCAAAUGGCGACCAGCUGUCAGAUUUGCUUUCCAUCUCCAGUGACGUACCUUUAAAAGAGGGAACGUAAUUCUUAACGAUUUUAUUACAUCUUUGAUGUUAAACAAACAGCUGUAGAUCAAGAGCAAAUACGUAUUAAUAAAAUAUUUUGUUGGAAAGUCAGUUAAAUAACAUUUUUUUAUACUAAUAACUUCAGUUAAUUGAUUGCAUAUACAGGAGCUUUACCACACACAUCCAUGCACACAGCUGAUCCAAUACACAAACACCUAUUACAUCGUUGACAAAAACUUAUGAGUCAUCCACAGACGUUCAAGAUGGCUGAUUCGGCUUGAAAUUUAAGGUGUUGUUGAUAUAUGACAGACUCCUUCCUGUUUAUUUUAUAUUCUAAGUUAUAUUUAGGUAUAUUCUUCUGCUUCUUCUUUAGUUUAUUGGCCUCCACCUACUUGGGUAUUUGGCCAGCUCGUCGUUGCGAAAUAAAGGAAAAAUAUUUAUAUUCUAAUGACAUUUAUCGUAUGUCAUUGUAAUAAUAUAUACCAGUUGGUUGAUAUUGGAGUUUGAUAUAGUUAUUGAAGGAAAGGAAAGAAGGUUUACUAUGGAAAAUAAAACCAUUUUGUAAAAGUACAAAUUUUCUAUGAAUAGUUCAAACGAUUAAAAACACUUGUAAAGUCACAUAACUGCAUUUCUACUGACGUUUAUAAUGUCUAAUUUAAAAUUAUAUACAAUUUUGUUUACUUUGUUGGUUCAGAAUGUAAACAUAUAGCCCGAUGACGUCACGACGCGUUUUGGGCUGGCUGGUAUAGUUUGAAUUUUUAAUCGUCUUUAGGGGCGAAACGAAAAACAAACAAAACUUUUUAUCUUUGAUACAUGUUUUAAAUUAUCGUCUGUUGUGAUUUAUAACAUUUUUUGUCGAAUUUAGAAUUUUAUGCAAGUUCCCUAUUUUUUGUUUUCUAUGAGGUUCUUCGGAAUGACUCUAGUAGUAUAGAGAUUCAUAUAGAGAAUAAUAGAUAUCGUCUGGGUACUUUCCAUUUUCCAUUAUCUCCUUAUUUCAAUUUCAGAAUCUCUUAUUUGAUGAUCUUUUAUAUUUAUUAGAUAUGUUAUAUUCAACAUGCAGAUUAUUGUUGUUAGGUGUUGUCACAUCAAUUAGUGUUGUUUGUCUAAUUCCGUUAUUAAGUAGUAUAAAAUCUGGCAUAUUAUGCGUCACUAGUUAAUCUGUGAGCACAGUGCGGUCCCAGUAUAGCUUGUAGUUGUAAUUCUCAAGCAUACUCUCCCAUUGAUAAUAUGGGAGACGGUCCGUUUGGAGAAGUCCCAGUCUGAUAACUAUCUCUUAAUGAAGGAUCUUUCUUAUUGAAUCAUGCCAUUUCUUGUAUUCAAUUGCAGCAAAUGUCUGGCAGCCCCCAGUAAGAAUCUGGACGGUUUCUUGGAUUUGAUAUCCAUAUCGACAUUUGUCGUUUUGAACCUGAGGGUCUUUGACGAUAUAUUUCUGGUAAUUUUUGGUUGGUAUAACCUGACCCUGAUUAGCUACUAAUGAAGCUUCUGUUUCCGGGAACAUCUUUCCUUAUGUCAACCAAUAGUUCAACGCUGUAUUUUCGACAUAGUCUUGGCUGCCUCAUUGGGAUGUCGCCGUGCAGAGGUUUACCCAUCCAGGUGCGUAUUUUCGUCCUUAGUAAGGUGGUUUAUACGCAUUUCUGGUUCCAUCUGUUUAUCUUGUUGCUCAUCUAUAUCCAUAAGUCUCGUCCUCUUAAAUACUGCGGUAAUGUUGUUCUUUCUACUGCACUUCGAGGAUGGUGUUUUUUUUUUUGCCUUUUUGAGGUGUGUUCGUACUUUUCGCUGAAGAUUUUAUAUAUCCGUUUUUGUCCACUUAACAAUGCCAAAUGAAUAGCUAAGCGCGGAACGAAGCGAAGCUUAUUAUUAUUACUAUUAUAUCUUGAUACGAAGUGUUCUUUUGUUAGUGUGUGUGAGUUAUUAAUUAUUAUAUUUUUAUGAAAUUUAUUUUUUAUUUAUUAUUUUUAGAUUUAAUAAUUGAUUAGAAUGCAAAACGAAAUAUCUGAUUUUAAUUUUUACAUAUGAAGAAUACAGGGGAAAAACCAGAAAUGUCACUUUUUCAUGAAUUUUGGUUUUUCACGCCAUCUGGUAGCAUAAACUGAGUACUAUCGACUAGCAUAUCGAAUCAGGACAAUAACCAGAAAGAUCAGUCUAUAUAAAUUUUCUAAGAAUUUGUAUCCAGGCGAAGAACCAGGAUUGUCCGCACGCCACUGAACAAAAAUAAGGAAUGUUAGUAGUUUUUUGGUGCAUUAUUAAAUUAUAUAAGUUAAUAUACAUUAAUAUUAUAUUAGGAUUAUAGAGUAAUAAUUGCUAGAAUUCUGCCAAGAAUCUCCUAAGUAGUAUUUAGAUAUCAUAAGAAUUAAACCUUUAUUGGUGUUUAUCUCAAUAUGUAUAAAAUGUGACAUUCCUUGUUUUUCCACUGUACUCUUCAUAUACGGCCUUCUCUUUUUAAGCACAUGGCUAAAAAUCCAAUUAUGACUUAUACUUAGUUAUCUAUUGACUAGUCCAAGUAAAUAUCUACCUAAAAAGAAGAAUCUGGUGAGACUUUAAAUAAUUUUUUGGGUGUAAAUCAUGCUUUGUGAAUUGGUAUCUUUAGUUUUGGAAAAAAUCAUUGAGCCUAUAUUAUGAUGCGUAUAUAAAUUCUAUUCUUUUUACUCUAUUUAUUUUUGUUUCUUAUUGUUACAUUAUAAAUAUAUUUAAAAGAAAGUCUUUAUUAUAUUUCUAUUUCAAUUUCAAAACCUUUAUUCAUUAUGUUAAAAUUUUUAUAUUUUUGAUUGCACAUUUUAGUUUCAAUGAAGUAACAGACAUGACUUAUAUUAUUUAAAUUGUAUAAGUGUUUUGUGCAAGAAAUUACAACAAUUAGUGACUCAUCGAAUACCGAUAAACAAAAGUUUUAGAAUACAGUAAUAUUGUUAUUAAGAAUCAUAAUAAUAAAAUCUCGUAAGUUACUAAAUACAGGGUUAAGUACUAAAAUGUACUGACGUGAAGUUUGAAGAUUACCACUUCACAUCCAAUUGAGCACUGUCAGCUCGCCGAGUUACCCAGUCGAUAUUUGACGGGGUUUCUUCAAAAGGCAUUUUGAUUCAUGCGUGAUUUGUGAAAAUAUAUAUUGUACUAGAUCUGAGAUUUUUAAAAGCAAUUUUACGACCAUUUUGCAGAUUAUGCUGGACUAUAGAGCGUUUCACAAGAACGGAACAUUGCGGAGACAGCGCCAUGUAUUUUUAUGGGCGAUCGAAGCGCGCCGAUGCCACGCCGUACUGAUUAGAAUAAAUCAUAUCGGCAGUCGAGGAGACACCCGUGCCCUAGAGGUUUUGCAACACUGAUCUCCAAAACAAAGUAUAGAACAGAAAUAGAGUCGAAAUCGCAGACUGAAACGGAAUGUUCAUAAUAUAUUCUAAUUUGAAUUUUUCAAUUUUAAAAUAUGUUUAAAAUUUGUUGGUGGGAAAGUUAUUUAUAUUUGCAAACUUUUCGACAGAAUCUCAUGUGGACGGAAUAAUCAAUAUCCGUAAGAGUGCCAGUAUUUAUUUUUAUUUAUUUACUUCCUUGUCAAAGACGAUGUGUAGCCAAUAGUAAUGUGAUGGUACACGACAACCCUCACGGAAUUUUCCUAAUUUAUUUGUUAUAAGAAUAAGGUCAAUAUUAUAGUUGCAAUUUGUAUAAUUUAUUACGAUAGUAGCAAAGUUCAAAGUAUUCAACUCAUUCGCAAGACUGCAAACACAGCACACGUCAUUAUUGAAAUACGUAUAGCAUAACCAUAUAUGGUAAUACAUAUGGGCAUUGUUUUUAAAAUAAUAAGAUAUAAGUGGGAAGGUCGAGUACCUGAGACAUUCAUUGUUGUAUCAGUGUGUUCGCUGAACUCUGCUGGCGCGUGGUCAGGGGAUAUAGUUACCGAGAUAUGGGUCACCUUGACCUAUCCUAACUAUAAUGUCGGUCGACGUAGUUGUAACUGUACCUUUAACCUUGUAAGAAUAAAGAUAUGUAGAAAGUUUAAGUUUGUUUGUUCGGGAGUGUCUUCGUCCAGCAACCCCCAACAUCACAUGGCGAUCCGUGCCUUAAGUUAAAGAAUGGAGUUUUCUGGUUCGCAUAUAGAUUGAGGUAUGCAGCUCUACACGUAAGAUGGGAAACAACCAGAAUAAAGAAAAAGAGGAACAGAUCUUCAUAAACCAAGCAGGCAACAGCGGAGGUGUGACAGCUGAAACCGGCGAAAACGAGAAGCUAUCAAUCCCGGGAGUUUUGGGAAUUGUAUCGUUCAGCCUGGCCAUAAUCAUCGUCGGAUGGCUACUGUAUCGACGAUGGAAGAAGCAGCUUCGACGCCACAUCCGACAGGAAGUAUCUAAAUCAAUGGAGAUGCUGAGGUUAGACGCCCAGAAUCCAGGACCAAAUGCAUAGACACAUGAACCCAUAUUCGUGAGUAAUUUUUCUUUUUAAUACAAUACAGUUUAACUGCUUAUGAAGUAAGUUUGAUGACUAUUUUUUUUAUUUUCAUAUUGAAAUUUUGAUUUUUUUUUUAUUAUAUAAUUACUCACUUACUUAUUUACUGACACUUUAAAUAUUGACGGUUAUCCAAUAUUAUUGAUCCUUUUAUUUUACUUACAUUUAUGUUUUAUUAUAUUAUUUUAUAUGUUACAUUUUGUUAUAUUUGAUAAACUUAACGGCAAUGAUAAGCUUUACGAAGUAAUUGAGACUUCGAGACACUAGGCCAUAUACUAUUGAGUAACGUAGUCAGGCCAAG